AUCUGCUGAAAGGUUGCCUCCUCUCUGUCAAGUCCCAAAAGCGACUUCUGGACAUGCGUUAUAAACAAUAUGCUUUUCCUCUCUGACUCGUGAUCUCCUCUACGUCACUGCCAUGGAAGCGGGACGUCCCCACCACCAAUUCGAACACCUCGUGUCCUUUUGCGUAGGCCUCCUCGCGCUCAGUGUGGAGACACUUGGCUCGGGACUCACACAAGAACAAUCAGAUCUGCACCACUGGACCGCUGGGGGACUGGCGACUUCGUGUCACCUGGUAUAUGCGGAGGUGGAGAGUGGUUUGGGUACUAGCUGAGGUGGCGCAAAUGAGGAUUGGCGUGAAGACGCGGUCCAUAAAGGUAGUAAAGGAGUUGGAGGAACAGUGGACGUCCAGG